GUUACAUUCAAUUAAAUUAUUAAUUUAAUUAAACAAAAUAUUAUUAUUCUAUUCUUACAAAUAUUAUUUUUCCAAUUAAUCAUAUAAUCAAAGUAUAUUGUAAAUAUUUAAUUAAAUAUUAUGCUAUAUGCAUACUGUCUAACAAAGUUUUAAAUGGAAUAUUCUUCUCGAGUAUGGAAUCCAACACUACUAAUAAAAAAAUUAUCAGUAGGACUUUUAAUUACAAUACAUUCUUAAUAGAAUAAUGGGUAUUUUAGUUUAUGAUCUUUAUAAUUCAAUAUAUUUUUUCUUAUCCAUUUUUAUUUGUUCUCGAGCUUAUUUUUAAUUAAUUUGAAUAUUGUUUUCGAGAAAAUGUUUGCUGCCAAUGGCUUAUAUAUAGUACAAGGGGAGCUGUUAACAUUAAUUUCAGCUUUAAAAAGAGACCUUAAUUCUUAUCAAGAUGAAGAAAGGUAUGCCCCUUGUAAAAGGUUGUUUAAGCUACGUGAUGCCAUGAACCAAGUGGAAGAUUUAAUGUCACUUAAUUUUGAUAAUGUGAUAGAACCAUUUCUGGAAGUCAUCCGAUGUGAAGAAAUCACAGGACCUGUUACUAGCUUGGCAUUAAUGUCUAUUUAUAAAUUUGUCAAGUAUGGUUUAAUUAAACAAUGUAUUCCAGAAGAAAAAUUAUUGGUGACUGUUGAAAACAUAGCAAGUGCUAUUACACAUACAAGAUUUAUUGGAACUGACAAAACUAGUGAUGCUAUUGUAUUAAUGAAAACUUUACAGAUUUUGUAUUGCUUAAUAAUGUCCCCAGAAGGAGAAUACCUUCCUAAUGAAAGUGUCUGUGAAAUAAUGAUGCGUUGUUUUAGAUUCUGUUUUGAAGUUAGGCUUGGUGAAUUUGUUCGGUCAUAUGCUGAAUUCUGUUUGAAAGAUAUUAUACAACUACUUUUUUUAAGGCUUGUUACUUUAGAUAAAGAGCAGGGGAAUUAUCCAAAAAAAUUAGGGUUAAAUAUGAAGAGCUAUGGUGAUUCAUUAAAAGAACAUGGAAAAAUUAAUGAAAAUCCCUCAACUGAUAAAAUUAUUGUAAAACAAUCAGAUAAUUCAUCACUACCACAAAAUAAUAUUCCAUUUAAUGAAGAAAUCACUGAUUCUACCUGUGAAAAUGUCAAUGACUUAACUAUUGAAUCACAAGAUAAUGAUCAUUCAACUAUUGAAGAUGAAGGCUUAUCUAGUUUAAACAAAGAAGAAAUUUCUGCAACCAGUAACAAUAAAGAAUAUAUUAAUGGCCAGGGAGUAAGAUUUACAACACAAGUCCCAAUGAUUUAUAAAAAAGUGCCAUACAAUACUGGAUGUGUUGUAGAGUUAUUAAAGUUUUUGGUAGAUGCUUGUGAUCCACAUGAUCAACAAAAUACAGAAGUUAUGAUCGGAGUAGGACUAAACUUGUUGGUAAUUGCUUUUGAAGUAGGAGCUCAUGCUAUAAGAAGUCAUACAAAUUUGCAUUCUUUUAUCAAAGAUCAACUUUGUCGUAAUAUGAUUUCAUUAUUGUCAUAUGAAAAAAUGUCAAUAUUUAGUUCUAGUCUAAAACUCGCUUUUUUGGUAUUUGAAUCCAUGAGACAAGAAUUAAAAUUUCAAUUGGAAUAUUUUUUGUCUAAUCUCAUGAAUAUUAUUGUGAAUGAAAAUUCAAAAAUACCAUAUGGCAAAAGAGAACUAGCUUUAAAAUGCAUUGUGAAAUUAUGGAAGAUUCCAGGUCUUGUAACUGAACUAUAUUUAAAUUAUGAUUGUGGACUUUAUUGCUCAGAUCUUUAUGAUGACAUAACUAAAUUAUUAUCAAAAAAUGUCAUUCCACUGAAUGAUAUUUACAGUACACAUUUACUGUCCAUGGAUGCUCUUUUAGCUGUCGUUGAUUCUAUAGAAAGACAUUGUCAUAAUCGCACCCAAUUCACUCAAAAAUCAGAAAAUAGUUCAACUUAUGACAUGUCUGAUGAUCAAAAGUAUGAAAUUGAAACACAAAUAGAAAAGUGGUCUACAGAUAUUACUAUGAACAUUCCAAGUCAUGAAGAAUUGAUGGCUAUCAAAAGAAAAAAAAAGUUAUUAUCUUCGGGCACAGAAAAAUUUAAUACUAAACCAAAAAAAGGUAUUGAAUUCUUACAAGAACAUGGUCUUCUAUCAAUACCAUUAAUUCCAGCUGAAAUUGCUACUUUUUUAAAAGAAAACCCACUUUUAGAUAAAAAAAUGAUUGGUGAAUACAUAAGCAAUAAAGUUAAUGUGGAAAUUUUAAAUAGUUUUAUUAAUUCUUUUGAUUUAAGUGGCACUCGUAUUGAUGAGGCUCUUAGAAUGUAUUUGGAAGCAUUUAGAUUACCAGGAGAAUCACCACUUAUAUCUUUUGUAUUGGAACCUUUUACUGAAUAUUGGCAUAAAUGUAAUGGAGAACCAUUUGCAAAUGCUGAAUGUGCGUUUUUAUUAGCCUAUGCAAUAAUAAUGUUAAAUGUUGACCAACAUAAUCAAAAUGUCCGAAGAAUUGAUCAACCUAUGACACCUGAAGCAUUCAAACGUAAUCUGAAAAAAUUGAAUGGUGGUGAAGACUUUGAUCAAACUAUGUUAGAGGAAAUAUAUAAAGACAUAAAAACAAAUGAAAUUGUAAUGCCUGCCGAACAGAGUGGUACUGUACUAGAAAAUUAUUUAUGGAAAGUAUUACUUCGACGUGCUGUAGGUAAAGAUGGAACCUAUGUACAAGCACCAAGUGGUGUUUUUGAUCAUGCUUUGUUUUCUAUAUGCUGGGGACCAACAUUAACUGCUUUAAGUUCAAUUUUUGACAAAUCAAACCAUCAAACUAUUUAUACUAGGACUGUUUUUGGUCUAAGAAAAUGUGCUUUUAUUUGUGCACAUUAUGGUAUGUGUGCAGAAUUCGAUAGUUUGAUAAUGUCUUUAUGUAAAUUCACCAACCUACAAAAUAAUCCAGAUUGCCCUGAAAAUAUAAAAAUACUAUUUGGUAGCAAUCCAAAAGCUCAACUAGCUAUUCGCACUCUUUUUAGUGUUACCCAUAUGUAUGGUGACAUUAUUCGUGAAGGAUGGUAUAGUUUAUUUGAUAUUAUUUUGCAAUUGUACAAGUGCAAUCUAUUACCAACCAUAUUAGUUGAGUCGGAAGAUUUCUUGGAAUUGAGUGGUAAAAUUUCAUUAAUUCGAGAAACAGUUCCUCCAGGAUCACAAAAAUCAGACGCAGGAAUAUUCAGCUCUUUAUACUCUUACAUAGCAUCUGGUGGUGAACCUACUUAUCAUAAAAUACAAACACCAAAUGAAGCAGAACUAAUUGAAGCUGCUAAAACUUGUAUAUCAGAAUGCCGUUUAGAAAGUUUGAUAACCGAAUCAAAAUUUCUUACAAUUGAAUCUUUAGAAGCUUUAGUUAGAGCACUCCUUGGAAUUUUUUACAAUGCUGAUAGUGUACUUAUAUUAGGAUCACGGGAAAAUGAAAAUUCUGCUUGUUUUCUACUAGAAAUGCUUCUUAAAAUAGUUUUACAAAAUCGAGAUAGAGUUAACACUGUUUGGGAUCCAAUAAAACAGCACUUAUACAAUCUUCUGACUAGUGCAAUUAAGAACAAACAUAAAUUUCUCUUAGAACGUACUGUUGUUGGGUUAAUGAGAUUAGCUUCACGAUUAAUGAGACGAGAAGAAAUCAGUACAAUGAUAUUACAGUCACUUAGUAUGUUAUUGUUACUUGAUACAAAUUCUUUACAAAUAGUCGGAAAACAAAUAGCAUUUGGAAUGUAUGAAUUGUUAAAAAUGUGUGCUGCAAAUAUUCAUACUAAGGAUGAUUGGGGCUUAAUUUUUACAAUAUUAGAGUAUGUAGGAGCUGGAGUUGUUAUAUCUAAUAAUCAUCCUGACAAUAAUUCGGAUCAUGAACCAAUUAGUAUAAGUGAUAAUAAUGAUGAUAGCGGACUAGAUGUUAAAUCUGUAAAUAAUAUUUUUUCACCUUCAUCUUCAUCACUUGAUAAUUGUGAUGUUGGUUGGUUAAAAGUUGAACAGAAUAAAGGAGUUUUAGAAACACGAACUGAAAACACUAUGUUUACUCUUCAUAAUCCAUUUUCAUUUGUUAAGUGUUGUGAAUGUUUGGCUUUUUUGGUACGCAAUAUUGCACAUAUCACACCUUACAAUUUUGCCAAGUGUGUUUCUGUUAUAAUGAAUUUUGCUCGGGCUAGUUUGCAAACAAGAGAAAAAAAUAUGCGACAAAAAAAUAUGAAAUCCAAAAAAAAAACAAAUCAAGUUUUAAAUAAAAUUAAAAAUUCUAGUCCAUAUGAUGCUGAUGAUAGUGAUUCUGAGGAUAUUCCUAGUAGUUAUUCUCAAGUUUCUAUUCAAUUAUUAGAUCUCAUGCAUACUUUAUAUACAAGUACUGCAGACAUAUACCGUUGUUGGGCAGAAGAAAAUCCUGAUAUGGAGCUCAUGUCCUUGUGGAAUCAUGGUUGGUGUCCACUUCUUCAAGGGAUUGCUAGUCUCUGUUGUGAUUGUAGACGUGAUGUAAGAAUGAGUGCAGUCACCUAUUUGCAACGAGCUUUACUUAUGCAUGAUUUAGCAACACUAAAUGGAGACGAAUGGGAAGCAUGUUUUCGGAAAGUUUUAUUUCCUUUAAUGAACAGGCUGUUAGAAUGUGGGAAAGAUAUUGAUCCAAGUGGAUUAGAUGAAACCAAAAUGAGGUCUGCUACACUUUUAUCUAAGGUUUUCUUACAUCAUUUGGUGCAAUUGCAAUCUCUGUCGUCAUUUGUAGAUUUAUGGAUUACACUUUUAGAGUUAAUGCAUAAAUUCAUGAUUUCUGAUAAUAGUGAUACACUGAAUGAGGCCAUUCCUGAAACUCUAAAGAAUAUGUUGUUGGUAAUGCUAAAUGGUAAAGCUAACAGUAAGGAGGAAUUACAUAGUAAAAAAGUAUUUUGGGAUGCUACUUGGGUCAAAGUUAAUACUUUUUUACCAAAUAUGGCCAAAGAUUUAUCACAUUAUCAUAAUAGACAACAAGAUUCUGAAGCUCAAAAUGUAUCAAACUCUGUAAAUUUUGGACUAUCAGAUACGAUCCCUCAAAUAUUGGGUAACUCUAAUGUAUCAAAUUAUCAGUCACCAAAUACUUUGGAUAUCUCUCAAACAAAUAUUAUACCUCAUAUGUCUACUUCACUGCAUUCAAAAGUUAAUCAGUCAUUCAAUAGUCAUGCUACAAUAGUUACUUCAAACUUUAUUAAUAAUUCACACUACACAGGGGAUGAUCAAAAUGAUGAAUUGAUUGCAGUUAUAACUACUGUUCCCAUAUCACAGCCAUACAUACCUUUGAUCAAAGAAAAUUCUAAUGGAAUUGAAAAACUAACCCAAAGUGAUAACAACCAAAACUCAAGUGACAAUUAAUUAUCAUAUGUGAUAAUUUAUUUUAAAUAUUCAUGUUUAAAAUGAUAUGAUUACUCAUGUUUUGUUCAAUUAUUUUUAUUAUAAUUAUAUAGUUAAUAAAUUUUUAAUACCCUGAAA